AGACAGUACCGGAAAGCCAUAUUAUGAUUGUCUUCUCGGACGGCUCCAGGGCGACGAACGGAGCCGUGGGGUACGGCUUCGUCAUCUAUCGAGACUCCAAACGCAUAGCGCAAGGGUGCGGCCGACGUAGAACAGGAAGCCCCUGGAAUUUGGCUUGGCCACAAAUCGAGGCCCGGCCCGCGUUUUGGAGGAUCUUUCGUAUGAACACCCAUCCCAACUUUCUGAGAGCUCCUAGUAAUGUGCCCAGAUUGAGAAGAAGCAAGGCAAGAUCAGCGGGGAUUGGAUGUACGAUCAAUGCAGCUUGUACGGCGGGCUGGAUUUGACCUGUUUUGAAUGCUCUGCCGUCCAAAUGGAUAGCAAAGACAAGAUCUGUACCAAAUCGUGAGACGCAACCUGGGAAGGUAGGGUUCGUCACGCCGGACCUGUCGGGAGGUCUCAAAAGCGCAGUCGAUUAUACCUUCGGUCCGUUAGCUCAGGGUGUUCAUAUCCACUACCGUCCUGUGCUUGGCCUGGGCUACAGCUUCUAUACUUCCAUACAAAAAGGUCUGGCAAGUGGCCUGAAGCUUUGAAACACAACACGAAUGCACCUUUGACUCUUGCUCCUCAUGUGCUUUGCGGGUUGCGCGCAUCAGCUCCGCGACAAUUUCCGCGGCGCGACGAGGGACAUGGCUUGCACCGCUCGCAUCAGGACGAUGGGGUCGAGACCUGUGCAGUGAUUGGAGUAAUCGUCAUGUUUGAUCAAAACGGAUUAUGGAACGAAGG